AUGCAUCAAAAUGAGUGCUACAUAUGUGGUCGAAAUAAUGUGAAGCUCGGUGUAGUUGCACAAAAGGCUGAGCUCAAUACGGUGAUGUCACCAUCGAACUGUUUCCCAUCAUUACUAUUAACACUAGUAUCCACUGUAAAUCUUGUAAACACUCAAGCAAAUUGUAAUAACGCACCCACGGAAGCACUUCGGAUAAUUUGUGGUCAAAUCGCUAACUGGGAUGCUAACGCUAAGACUGUUGCUACGCCCUCUAAUCAGACUGGACAAGACCAGUCACCAGGAGCCGAUGCUGGCUUAGGUGGUGCAUCAGCGAUUAGUGCUUCGGCAGCUCCUACUAAUGCUUACGAAUGCAUGGAUAUCGCAUGCCUUUGCGGAUUCUUCGGAGGUAGUGGCGGAUCGAACUGUGUACUGAGAAAUGGACAACGACUCGGAAAAGCGCUCCGGAAAGAGUAUCGUGUGAUGACAGAUGUAGAAAGAAGAAGGUACCACACAGCUAUGAGGAGAAUUAAAAGAAAUGGCGACUAUGACAAACUUUCAAGAAUUUACUCAUCCUUCACUACAUCGCCGGGAGCUCAUUCUGGACCAGCAUUUUUGCCAUGGCAUCGAGAGUUCAUCAAAAGGCUGGAAAUUGCACUUCGUCGAGUUGAUCCAACUAUAGCGUUGCCGUACUGGGACUCAACACUUGACAGCACAUUGCCAAAUCCUCGAGAUUCGUCAAUGUUUACAAAUGAACUCAUGGGUCGACAAGGACCGGACGGCUCCAUACAAACAGGUGCAUUCAGAGGAUGGCGCACCGCAGACGGUUCAAAAGUUCUUCGUAGAAAUCUUGGCGCAGCAGGUACUCUUUUGCAACAAUCUGAUAUCGAUGCUGCAAUGGCGACCACCGAUUUUCGACAAGUUCUCGCUUACACAGCUCCUAGUCCGGUCGAAACACGUAUCCAUAUGGCGGCUGAAGGUGAUUUGGAUAGAGCACACAACAAUCAGAGGUGUAGAGCACAGCUUUCUGAUGCCUUAUGGGUUCGUCUAUUUUUGACAUGA